AAUCGGCUCGCGACAUCUCGCUCUCAGACCCCCUUCCGACCCUCUCCGAAUCCAAAAUCCCUGCUGACGGGCGGGGACGGGGAGCAGAGAAGCGGCUUAAUCUGAGGGCGGGUCUGAUGGGAGGAGCAGCUGUAGCAAAAGCAGCGAGGAAUCGAAAGUGGAAGUGAAUCGAUCCGCUGCUGGAAAGCCCGGCCCAGGACCAGAGGAGCCGACGGUAGGGGUGUCCAUAUACCCAGAGAGAACAUUUCUCUAAGCGAAUCUUGGGUGACGAUGACAGAACAAACCUUGUGGAACUGUCAGGAUGCCUACAAUUCUUUGCAGUUUGACCGGUUGUCAUUGGAAACAGACAAAGGGAAAAGCGAGCAGGAUGCAACCAGACUCCAAGCAGAAGCUGAGCUUCUCUUUAGAAGUCUCCAGGAAUACGAAAUGGAGGCCCAAACCCAGGAAGCAGCUUUCCAGAAAAUGAUGGAGAUGGAGAGGGAAACAAAAGGCCAGCUGCUACAAGAGAAGCAGGCACUAGAAGAUGAAUUGGAGCAUCUGGAGAAAUUACAAGUUGCCCAGGAAAAGCGUUACAAGGAGCCACCUGCUCUUCCUGAGAGGAUUAUGGUGUUCAAAGGCCAGGUGGGAGAUGGGUUGGAGGCAACAUUGCCUGAUAAACUGACUGUUGUGCCACAGAUCCGAUAUCCUGUGCCUGGAGGAUCAGCUCUCGUCACGUUUGAGGAUCCUGAAGUUGCCAAGAGAAUCAUCGCAAUGAGGAAGCAUCGGAUUCAGCUGGAUGAGUGCAGCUAUGUGAAUGUAAAAGUUGAGCCAGUGGAGUUGUUUCUGCCCUCUUCCUUAGAGAUCUCCCUGGAACAGAGUUCUCGGCGAGUCCUGGUGUCAGGACUGGAGGGCCUGUCUGUGCCGGAGGAACUGCUGCUUGACAAACUGGAGCUCUUUUUCAGUAAGCCCAAGAAUGACGGUGGCGAAGUGGAGCAUGUGGAGCUACUGAGGGACUCUGGCCAUGUGACUCUGACUUUCGUAAAGGACACAGUGGCCGAGCAGCUUGUUCAAAGAGGCCGGUUUCAGGUGCCCAUUGGGAAAGAAGCACAUGAGGUCAAGGUGUCACCCUAUGUAGGUGGGACAAUCACAGACCUACAGUUCUGUCCUUCAGUAUGUGCUCGGACUGUCCUGCUGUCAGGAAUUCCGGAUGUCAUGGAAGAGGAGUUAAUGUGUGAAGCCUUGGAGAUCCACUUCCAGAAGCCCAGCAAGGGUGGGGGAGAGGUAGAAGAUGUUGCUUACAAUCCUGCUGGGCACUGUGCAGUAGCCAUCUUUGACAAGGAGGAGGAGGAAGAGGACUGAGUUGCUCUGCUUUCCAGGGCCAGGGAAAGUUUCUUCCCCAUUCCAGUAGAAGUGAUUGCUGAAAUCUACCUAGAAAGAAACCCCAAGAGGAAUGCAAACUUGAAGUUCUGAGGAAGGGGUGGGGAGAAACUUCCCAUUCUUUGAAUUAUUAUUAGCAAUUGAAUUAUGUAAGGACAUUGAAUUAUUAGCAAGUGAAUUGUGUAAGGUGGAAAUUGGUGAGCAAAUCUCCAAGUAUAAGAAAUUGAUUCUACUUGGGACCUAAACUGGGUGCAUGUGAAGGGCAAAGGAGUGGUUUGAGUAGGAGUCAUGUUCUUGCACCUCGGGUGAUAGAGACCUUUUGUCACAACAGUCCCUCUUUUCCUUGACCUGUGAUCUUCAUUAUGUGCUCCUUUGAUGUGUGGCUUCCCCUGCCUUUCCAUCCCUUUUUGGAUGUCCUGUAGCUGGGCAUUGGAAUGAUUCCAGUUUCCUAAUAUUUGUUCAGUAGAAAGGAGACAAAUCGAAGAGAAUGACAGAAUCACAUUCAUGGGAUUUGAACACAAUUAAUUUAAUGUGAGCGAAACAGAGAACCUGAUGGCUGAUAUCCAGGCCAAUAUUGUAGCAGAAGAGCAUUUUGUAUUGUACAGGGGAGGGGGAUUUUUUGCUGAUAAUCCUUCCUUCUGCUUCCCCAAAAUAUGACCCUGGGUGUCCUACAAACAUCAGGGACAUAUUUUCAGGCGCUACAGGUGGCUGCAGAGAAGGGGAACGGUAAAAAUCCCCCUUCUCUUGAGUGACCGAAAACACACUUCCAGUAGUGUGAACAUUAAUCUGGAUGUCAGCUAAUGUGUGUGGCUCUGCAGAUACAACUAUCUCCUGAUUCCUAUGGCUUAUCAGUUUUGUAAGAUUGAUGGAUGACUCCAAGUCUUGUACCUAUGACCUUUCCUGGGUUGGCAGCAGGGUAGUUACCCUGGAGUUGGGGUUUCCUGAAACAGAUGGCUUGAAGAACCCAUGAUGUUAAUGGAUAUGGCCCUUUGAAUAUGUUCUGGCAUUCAGUACACUGGAGUAAGCAGCAGGAAAGAAAAUGUCAUGGUGGGGGUAGGUAUGUUUUGGGUCAUUUACACCUGCAUCCACGGAAUGGAGUUGCCCGUUAGGUGCUGUACACAGGCUCAAAAUAUCUGCUGCUCUACAACUAAGAGCCAAAGUGCAUGCAGAGCAUUUCAAGCAGGACUAUUGGCAACUAGGUGACCUUUAAUGAAUGUAGUCAAGCCCCUCUUGUCAUUUACUGGGCCAUGCUAAUCAGCCAUUAUUACCUCAGCAAACAGGAGUGGAGAAGGCAAAACAGCACAUGAAAGAGAGGAGGGGAGUUCCCCUUCUCCCUUCUGUAAUAUCCUAUCUUUAGAGGCAUCAUGAUAGACAAGGAGGUGGGAAGGGGCUUUGGCUGCACUUUGUGAAGGUGUUCAGCAUUACAUUGCAAAUAAAUUCACAAAAGAGGAA